ACAAUUUCACAAUAUAAAUAUAGUUAAAUAUACUGUAUUCAAUUUAAUUGUCAUAUUAAUGGAAUAUACAGCUACAUAGGAUAUUUUUAUUUAGAUGUCACAUAUGGAUGGAUGAUCAUCUACUCCAUUUACCAAAUUAAAUAUCCAGAUGAAAAAGUAUCUUAUAUUCCUCCUAAUCUAUAUUUGCCAAAUUAUUAUCCAAGAAGAAUCUAUAUUUAUCAGAAAAAGGUGCCGGAAAAUAGAAAAAGAAAAUAAAAAGGAGUGCCAAAACGAAGCUCACGCGCGCAUGAAGAAGUGGAAAUUGCCACUUGAGGUACAAGGUGUGUAAAUACUUGGAUUUGUCUAUAAAUGCAGGAUGAAGGGCGCUCCCACCCCAUCCUCCUGUCCAACGCUCGCUCUCCUUCCUCUCCAUUUGUCUCAUCUCUCUCAGUCUCUCUGUUAAAAAUCGCCAUUGAAGUUCGUUGCAAGUUCUCACAGAUUCCCAAAAAAGAAGAGAAAAGAAAAGCUCCGUGGAAGUUCUCGAAGGUUCGAAACAAUCGCUGGGCCGAUCUUCCACAUAUUUCUUCACGUACUGGUGGAAGAACGAAAUUGGAAGAACAGAAAAAAUGGCCUUGCAACAAUACUUUGCACAUGAAUGUAAAUCCAUCCCGGGAACAGCAACAGAUUCAGAAAAUUCCAAAGCUGGCUUUGACUGCAACAUCUGCUUAGAGUUUGCACAUGAGCCAGUGGUCACCUUCUGCGGCCAUCUAUAUUGCUGGCCUUGCAUCUACAAAUGGCUUCACGUCCAGAGUGCCUCCCUUGCCUCCGACGAGUGCCCUCAAUGCCCUGUUUGCAAGGCUGAUAUAUCACACACCACCAUGGUCCCCCUUUAUGGCCGGGGCCAAACAUCUCCUGAAACUGAGCUUGAAGUAAAGGCACCCAACAGGGGAAUGGCAAUACCACCCAGGCCAUCAGCAUGUGAUACACAAGCUCUUAUAUCUAACACAUCUCCUACCGGUCAGCAACUUCCAUAUCGUAACCCUUAUCAGAACCAACAACAUAGCCCUCCUCAUCCAUAUGGUAGUUUUGGGGAACAUUCUUCUGCACCGCUGCUUAACCUUGGAAGCACUACAAUGGCAGGUAUCCACCAGCAUCCGGCGGUUGGGGUGUUUGGGGAAAUGGUCUAUGCAAGGGUGUUUGGAAACUCAGAGAGCUUAUAUGCAUACCCAAAUUCGUAUCACUUAACGGGAAGUAGUAGUCCGAGGCUGAGAAGGCAGGAGAUGCAGGCAGACAAGUCACUAAACAGAAUUUCAAUUUUCCUCUUUUGUUGCUUGCUUUUGUGCCUUCUUGUUUUCUGAAGGUAGAGUUUAGGUCAUUCUCCCUCUGCCAUUUUGUAUACUGUAUAAAAAGGUUUGAACGCUUGUCAACAUAAAUGUAGUAGAUGAAAUGAGAUGUGCAAUAUAUGAGGUAAUGCUAGAGAUUUUAUCAAGAGUCA